AUGACCCUCCUCACAGCGCUCGGCCUCAGCGCCAGCCCUCCCACCUCUCCAGUCCCUAACUACGCGCCCUACGCACUAAUCUUCAACUUCGUCUGGGCCUACGGACUGCUCUCUUCACGAACACUAAAACAAUACUAUGGCAUCGACCACAACGUCUCCCCCCGACAAGACCUAAGAAAAUACGGCGCGGCCGCCGUCUCAUCCGGAAAGAUCACACAGAAGCAACUCGACCGACUACAUCGGAACGAAGCAGCGCAUGCGAACGCAGUAGAGAACUACACGCUGCUGGUCGGAGCCGUGAGCAUGGCCAGCUGGGCCGGGGUGGAGAGCACGAUCAUCAAUCGCAGCGUAGCGGUGUACACGCUGGCGAGACUGGCUCAUGCGGCGGUGUAUAUCGGGAUUGAUCGGUCGGGAUGGAGUCAGUUGAGGGGGAUUUGUUGGUGGAUUGGGAAUUUGAGUUGUUUGGGGUUGUUGUGGAGGAGUUUUCCUUCAAUUUAA